AUGAACAGAAAAGCAUUCUCACCUGUGAUGCUGGGGCCACCCUAUAACCACACAAUGGAAACCCCUGCCACCUUCUUCCUUGUGGGCAUUCCAGGCUUGCAGUCUUCACACCUUUGGCUGGCUGUCUCACUGAGUGCCAUGUACACCACAGCCCUGGUAGGAAACAGCAUCAUCAUGAUGGUAAUUUGCAUGGAUUCCACUCUACGAGAGCCCAUGUUUUGCUUCCUGUGUAUUCUGGCUGCUGUGGACACCGUCAUGGCCUCCUCUGUGGUCCCUAAGAUGGUGAGCAUCUUCUCCUCAGGACACAGUUCCAUCAGCUUCCAGGCCUGUUUCACUCAAAUGUACUUUGUCCAUGCAGCCACAGCUGUGGAGACAGGGCUGUUGCUGGCCAUGGCUUUUGACCGCUAUGUAGCCAUCUGCAAGCCCCUACACUACAAGAGCAUUCUCACACCCAGAGUGAUGCUGGGGAUGAGUGUGACCAUCACCAUCAGAGCUAUUAUAUCCAUGACCCCAUUGAGUUGGAUGAUUAGUCAUCUACCUUUUUGUGGCUCCCAUGUGGUUCCCCAUUCCUAUUGUGAGCACAUGGCUGUGGCCAAGUUAGCAUGUGCUGACCCCAUGCCCAGCUGUUUCUACAGUUUGAUUUGUACCUCCAUUAUUGUUGGCUCUGAUGUAGUCUUCAUUGCUGCCUCCUAUACCUUAGUUCUCAGGGCAGUGUUUGGUCUCUCCUCAGAGAAUGCUCAGUGGAAGGCAUUAAGCACAUGUGGCUCCCAUGUUGGGGUUAUGGCUUUGUUCUACCUACCUGGGAUGGUAUCCAUUUAUGUAGCCUGGCUAGGACAGGACUCAGUUCCUCUACACACUCAGGUGUUGUUAGCUGACUUGUAUUUGGUCAUUCCACCCACCUUGAACCCCAUCAUCUAUGGCCUGAGGACAAAACAACUACGGAAGAGAAUAAUGAGUUUGUUGAUGUUCUUCCUCUUUCACCAUCCCAGUCAAGGUGAAUGA